AUGGCUUCCUCCGAUGUUGUUGUCGCUCACUCAGCCUUCGAUGCUCUCCGCCUUGGAAGAUCUGCCCAGUUCAUCGUCGGGCGUCUGCUACGUUUUUGGGACUCUAAGAACAUUAAGAAACAGGGUGAAUUCAUGGGAAUCACUCUGGUCCUCCUUGAUGAGAAGCCGCUAAUCCAAAACUUAACUCUUCGAUUGCAGAACUCGGUUAUACAUGGAUUCAUUCCUUCUGGUCGCUCCCCUUAUUACCGUCCGUUACUGAAAGCGGGCUCAGUAGUGAGAGUUUCGCGCUUUGAGGUUGCAAGAUGUACAAAUAUGUACAAGAUAACAGACCAUCCUUUCGUGAUCCGGUUCAUCCCUCAAACAACCAUUGAUGAAGUUGUCGCUAACGCUCCCAUGAUCAACGUUGAGAAAUUCAUGAUACGCAAGUUUGACCCUCUCCAAGCUCUCGCAAACACUAAUUUGGAGCUUCCCGGUUUCCGUCAACAUGUUGUGGGGCAGAUUCCAUCUGUUCAAGGUUCGGACCUGACGGCCGCUGGAGUGAUGAGUCGAGUUGUUGUUCGUUUAAUGAUUGAACCGAUGGUGGUAGUGUACCUCUCUUUGUGGGAUGAUGCUGCAUCAAUGUUUAGGGGUCUCAUUAGCUCAGGUGAUAGGACACAGUCAGUCAUGGUGGUCACAACCGUGAAUCCCAAAAUAUUUGGAGGUAACCUGUACCUCAACUCUACCCCAGCGACGAAAUUUUAUUUCGACCCAGCUCUACAAGCUAUCGUGGAGUUCACGGCCAGCUUAAACGCCCCCUUGGGAGAAGCUUUUCCGUGCAUCGACACCAAAGAUGGCAUAAAAAAGAAGGAAGUUGUCUCCAUUGGAGAGCUGAACAAGUUCAUUACCAACUCUGACGAACAUACUCAGGAAGCUGAUUUCAUUUGCAAGGCUCGGGUUAUGGAAGUCCUCAAGAAGCUUGAAAAGUUUGGGAGCUCUCUCCGUUGCAACCGUUGUGCUAAUCCUAACGUCACAGGGGUUAUAAAGUACCGUGUUGAACUUGUCGUUGAUGAUGGGGCUGAUAAUGCCACUUUUGUGGUCUUCGACAAGGAGAUGGUGAAGUUGACUAAGCAGGAUGCAGCAGGCCUGACUCUAGAUGAGAUGAAUGGUGGUGAGAGCGAGGAACUCCCGCAAUGUGUUAGAGACCUUGCUGGAAAAGAAAUUGUUUUCCAUAUACGUGUGACACCAUUCAAUUUUACCCCAAGCCACCGUACUUUCACUGUCUCUUCAAUCCUUGACAGCAUCUCUUCCGAGACGUUUAAGACCACUGAAGAUGAAUAUGUUCAGGUUGAAGGUGGUGAAGCGUCGGCAUCUGCUAGCAAGAAUGUCAAAGGUGAAGCUAAUGAAUCAUGUCCAUCUGCUGAUGGAGGCGCAGAAGGGACCCGUAAACGCCUUCGUGAGUGA